GCACAGCGAAGAAAUCAACAUGGAACGAAGGCGCGGCGUUGUAAAUAUUUUCCAUAUUUUGUGGGUAUGCUGUGUCAUAUCCAUGACAGAAAUUCAUUACUCGAAUGCUUCAUUUACUGGAGUAACGCAAAAGAUUUUAGGAGGGCCACUGGAUGGACUUAUCGGAGUAUUCGGAGACUUCAAUAUGGACAAGAAGACUGACGUUUUCGCCAUUACUGACAAUGGUCAUAAAAUUGAGUUAUACAUGAAGGAUGGUAAUAGUUCCUAUCUGUUACAUAUUCAACAGUCUGCAACUAUAAGCAGGACAGAGGAUACAAUCACUAGCGUGGCAUCGGGAGACUUUGAUGGAGACUUUCAGAUAGAUGUGCUGAUAACUACCAAGCCUAAUUCAGAUCCACUCAGUGUGAAUGUACCCACCAAGGCUUUUGUCUAUUGGGGCAAUAUAACAGCUAUGGAGUAUGGUCCUCCCUCAUUGGUAACAGAUCAGUUAUCAGAUCAGCCUUUAGUCAUGGAUUGUGAUGGUGACAUGAUUCCAGAUAUCUUUGGAGCAGACAUGACAGGAAAGAAGAUGUUCUGGAAGACAAUGAUAAACGACUCUAGGAAAUUUGUUGAGGAGCCUCUCCUUGGCCGUGAAAGUCAGCACUUGGUGGUGCCUAACUCUAACGCCUUCUUGGACCUGACCGGUAACUUUGCUGCUGACCUUUUCAUGGUGACCUCAUCCAAUGGGUCAUCUGAUGUGACCUUUGAGAUCUGGUCCUACAUGGCAGGCACGGAUGAUGAACUGAACACAUGGCAGUUCAACAAGGGUUACUCUCCUCCUACUAAACCACAGAUUGCACAUCUAGGAGUGUCUACCUUUGCAGACAUGAAUGCUGAUUCCUUUCUGGAUCACAUUCUACCAGUAUGCUUCAAUGAUAACUGCACAAAGGGAGCCAUCUAUGUUAAAUUCUUGGGACCUAUGGAUUCACCAUGGACACCCAUGUUUAACCUUACCCAGUUGGAUUAUGAUAAGAAGACUUGGGGGUUUGUGCCACCGUCAGAACACCUGACAGACUUCACUGUACUACCCUUGGUAGCAAGGACAGGUGACUUCAACCUGGACACUUUCAAUGAUGUCCUUGUUCUGGUUCAGUCCGGUGUUAAAGGAUCCUUCCAGAGACGGAUUGUGCUGCUGGAGAAUGUGGGUGACAGCCUGCAGCCUGCUUGGGUCACAGACCCAACUAACGACAUCAUAUCCCCAGUACUAGCUACAUUCAUUGACAUACAACGUACAGGCCAGCUGGACAUCAUUAUCGUCAAUCAAACCUCUGGAGGGAACCAGCAUGAUUAUGAUAUCUAUCUCAUGGAUAACAUAUUGGCCAUUGACGCUUACUUUGUACAGAUGGAGAUUCUGAGUGGACUCUGCAAGACAAACUGCCCCUUAAGCUCCAGCAUACCAUAUGGGGUAGCCCAGCCAGGUCCUGUGGUCAGGUAUGAGACUACUAGCUCUAUAGGCCAACCUCAGAUGACUGGAGGUUCCCAGCUCUCCCAGUCUGCUUACUUCUCCCUGCAGCUCCCCUAUGUCCUACUAGGACUGGGACAGAAUCCUAACUUUGUAGACACUCUUAUGGUUGGUGUUCCUGGCCCAACACAAGAAGGAACACAGAACAAGAGGGUACAUGAAUGGACAUCUGUUAUACCCAACUCACAGCUGAUCGUCAUCCCGGAUCCUUUGGACAAACCUAACGAUUGGAUAAGCAAGAUUCUAAUCAUCCCUGGCCAAUCUGUUCUCUUGACUGGUAUUAUCUUGAUCUGUACUUGUGUUGUUUUGACAUUAACAGCAGCAUUUCUUCAUCUCAAAGAGAGGAAAGAUGAUGAAAAGGAGAAGAGACAAGAAGCCCAUCGAUUUCACUUUGAUGCCAUGUGAUCUUCACACCUUUCAAAGCUUGCUCUUAUUUAUUAUAGUACAGUAUUCCUUGCUCGAUUGAACUACAUGAAUUCUAAUUAACUCUGAUACACUGCACAGCUGUCUUUCUGUAACAAGCAUUGUGAAAUUAGAUAUGGUGCUUUGAUACAUCCCUUACAAUCAGCAUGGGAAAUAUAUGAUGGCUCGUACCUCUCUACCCACAAUUUCUUCAUGAAAGAAAAUGAAAAUAAAUUGAAGGUCAGUGACAUUGUCACAAAUAUAAUUAAUAAAAUUUGAGGACUAAAUAAAACGGGAUUGUAAGCCAUGAAGUGUAUAUUGGGAAUAAGUCAAAUGUUGCCAUUGAUUGGCAAAAGUAUUUUCAUUCUUUUGCUGGUAGUAACUAAUGCAGUCAGAAAAUCAACCUUGUAUUAUUAACUGCAAUAUCUAAUGAAUAGAUAUCCAUUUCAGAAUGAUCCAUGCUAUAUUCCAAAAAUAUAUUUAGCAUAAAAAUAUCUCUGUACUGGCUGUGGUUCUGGAACAUGUUAAGCACUGCUUUUACACAUUUUUCACAGGUACAGUGUCUGUAGAUAUAUAUAACACAUGAUGUAGUUUCCCACAUCCCAGCAAGCGAAUCAUUAGAAUAUACAUUUGUGGUAGAAGAGAAAUGUUGUUGAUUGCUUAUCGAUUUCAUUUAUAACUUACUUGAUAGAGCAUCCAUGAUUUUAAAGCAUGUUAAAGAAACAGCCAAUACUUAGCAAUGAUUCUCAUCUUGCCAUUGCAAUUGGUUUUCCAAGAAUCUGACAUCUUUUAUAGAUAUACAUGAAAAAGGGAAAGCAUUCUUCACAUAUCCUUAAAUUUGUAUUCAUUCAUUUGAUACAUGUACAUCAAUUUUAUAAUUUCAAAUCAGUAUUUCUUAACUUUAGCAAGUUUGGGUUAUACCGUAAUCCUCUGUCUUACUUUGAAUCCAUGUAAAUUUCAGGACCACGUCCUAUAAACUUGCCAUUAAAUCAAACUGAUUUUUAACAAAUGCUAACACAACACUCCUGCAAAUACUAUACUGCAUAUGAAGUUGUAAGUUUGCAACUCUACACUCGAUUGUAGUUCUUGAAAUCAAUGUGUAUCAAUGACAACUCUCUAUAAGACAGUGCCCAUGUCAUUAAUGAUGAUAGCCUGUAGGUCAAAUGAAUUAAUUUCUUUCUAAGAUCCUCCUGAUACUAGUUAGAGAUAGCUGUAGAAAAUUGCUAAACUAAAAUUCAAGGAGAGAAAAUUGAUGUCUUCCAUAUGUGCAAAUGCUUUUAUAUUAUAUGGUGAAUAUGCGUAGAGCAUGUAGUGUAUAUUAUAUUUUGAUACUACAUGUAUAUUCAUUUCUUUCUCUAUAUGUUUUGUACAUGCAUGCACAUAUUUACACAACGGUACUGAAAGUAAUAUAUCUUUUAUUCUAAAUGUGCAGUCAUAGAAAUUUAAGUAAAGAGAUACUAUUCAGCUCUUGACUGUAUAGCAUGUAUGUUGUGUAUGUUUUGAUAUGUUACAUGCCACAUUUGUAAGCUACUUGUAGAUUUCAAAGAAAAGUGCAAUGUUUUAAUUUAUGGGAUACAUUCCUUCUUUUCAUGUAUUUUGUCAAAUGCUUGUAUAUGUCUAAUGUGAUUUUAUAUAUAGUUGUGGGUUAAAUUAAUGAUUAGUCAUACAUGUUUAAUAUUUAGUAAAUUUAUAUAUGGUUGGUAUAUGUUUAUGUGACUAAUUACCUAAAGCAUGAGGUAUAAAAUACGAAGGGCAAUGUGAUAUUCAUGCAAUAUAAAAGAAAGCGGGACAGGAUAGAUACAUUAACAAUACAGAAUUCCUUAAUCUCAUACUACUCAUGGUACAGAAGGCUAGAUAAUUGUACGAUCAUACACUGGAACCUCAGUUUACUAAAAGGAUAACUGAAGCAAAAACCUCACAACCAGUCCUUUUAGGCAGGUUUGGAACACACACUAGACCACAAUCUCACCUGUAUUCAUUAUUUUCAGAAUAUAAUUUGCUACGAUGCCCAGAUGGGAAUGGUGUUUACCUCUCUGGUUAGUUUUUGUAGAAUGCAUUUAUGUGAAAAUUGUAUGGAGUACAGUUUUCAGUCAAAAUAGGUGCAUUUCAAAGUAGGCAAUAAUUCUGUAGAAUCAAAGGGGAGGGGGGGGGGGUGGAUGCAUACAAAGGUGAAUUUAUAUGUAUGGAGGACUUCUAGAAUGCAAGUAUGUCUGAAUGUUUGGUACUGUCCAUAUCCUGAUGGUUUUGUAUGUAGGGAUUUUUCACAUUAAUGCUAUGACGCGUGAUGAAAAAUUGUCACAUUGAUGUAUACGAAAUAAAUGAAUUCAUCUUUAGCUCAUGUCAAAACAA